UGCAAGAGCACGAGUUUGACAAGAGUAUAACAGCGGUUGAACUUCGCCCAAGUCUUGUUCGUCACACCUUAAACAGUGUUUUCAGAUAGUAGCAAUAAAACCGACUUUGAGGAACCCAAGCUGUCACUUACAGGUAAUCAUGGAUCGCCCCAAACAGAAACAAAUGAAUCAAAGUGAUAAUGAAACCGAUGCCGCGAUCAAUGGACACUUUGACAGCCGGGUGAAGAUGCCCGGAUGGCGCGCCGGUGGUGCCGCCGGGGACCCGAGCACCGUGCCGUCCCCCAGCGUGAUGGAGAGCUGGCGGGAAGAGCGCACUCGCAGUCUGGAAGACAACGAAAUGAGCCUACCGAGCAUCGCCGCGGCGUACACCACUAUCCUCAGGGGUCUCGGGGAAGACCCGCAGCGACAGGGGCUGCUCAAAACUCCGUGGAGAGCCGCCACAGCCAUGCAGUUCUUCACCAAGGGCUAUCAGGAAAAAAUCGUUGAUGUCCUGAAUGACGCAAUCUUUGACGAAGAUCAUGACGAGAUGGUGAUCGUGAAGGAUAUCGACAUGUUUUCCAUGUGUGAACACCAUUUAGUUCCCAUUUUUGGCCGGGUGCAUAUAGGUUACCUUCCAAACAAGAGGGUUCUUGGUCUGAGUAAAUUAGCACGAAUUGUUGAGAUAUACAGCAGGAGAUUGCAAGUUCAAGAGCGUCUAACUAAACAGAUUGCGGUCGCCAUCACUGAAGCUUUACAGCCUGCUGGCGUCGGAGUGGUUGUUGAAGCCACUCACAUGUGUAUGGUUAUGCGAGGCGUCCAGAAGAUGAACAGCAAGACUGUGACCAGCACCAUGCUGGGCGUUUUCCGCGAGGACCCCAAGACACGGGACGAGUUCCUGACCCUGAUCCGGAGCUGAUCUCUCCACUGCCAAAACUCUUCUCAAAACACCUCCUCUCUGGUCCCGCCUCCGGACGAGGCCCUGCUGCUGUGUAACAUAGUGUCCCACCCGCCUCGGUAACACCAUCUCUUCUCUAUCGCCUGUGUGUUUCAUUGAUUAAGGUUUUGUGUCUCUGUUGAUGGGACUGGCUGUUACAUGGAAGCAUUAUGUUUUGAAGGACGUUUUAGAUUAACACACUUUAACCUAAACUAACAAGCACUAAACCCACCAAAAUUUGUUUACAUCUCUUUCCGGUCGGGGCACUUUUGCGCUCUAUUAAACACAAUUGAGUUGCCAGACAUAAACAACAAAGCAGUUUUAUUUUCACGCUUUUGGACAGGGAGGUACGUGUCAUUCUGAAUACUCAAUUUUACUGAUAUAAAAAGUACUGUCGAGGUACAGUAAUGGUAAUGAAAAUCACCAUGGUACUGAAUUAUUAACAACAUUCAUAUUCCUUGAUAUUUACAAGGUACUUGAUUAGACAUGGUAAAGAUUAUUAUGGUAUUAAAAUGACAUAGUAAAAAAUCAUAGUAUUACAAUAGCAUGACUUUAAAAAAAAAAAAAAAUGAAUAACCCAGACAGGUUUUAUUGUUGUUUUACUGUGUGCUGAAAAUGUAUUAUGUGUACGCUGUCUUAUAAUGUUAUAUUUAAUAUACCGGUAAUGUGUCCUGUGCAUCAGUCAACAUUUGUGCCCAAACCAUCUUCUGCUCUUAAAGGGAUUGUUUACCUUUACCCCAAAAUAAAACUUCCAUCCUCUUUUACUCGCCCUCAUUUUGUCUUAACCCCUUAAAGCUUGACAUUUAAAAUAAUGUAAAAAAAAAAAAAAAAAAA